AUGUACACCAAAGUUCUCAGAAAUUCCUUAAUGACUGAUCUUGUAACUCAGAUAACCGGUUUUAGAAAAGAAUAAAUCAGAGCAGUGUAAUAAAAUGUAACACCUAUGACUCAGACAUAAGAGAAAGAUGUUCCAGUUAAGAUAAUGGUACCUGAAAUUCAACUUAUUAAAUUAUAAAAAUGUUUACCUCAAUUAAACAGCAGUCAAAAUAUAAAUAAUAUUCGCAGUCCAGUAAAAUCUCCAACUAAUGCCAAAAACUAAAAGGUGAAGAUUAUAAAUCCAGUGCUAAUUAGUAGCAGUUAAAAAUAGAAGCAGAGGCAAACUCACUCGCCUCCUAAACGUAUGAAUUUUUCGCUUAAAAGUCCGAUCAAAAAUACUCAAUAGUUUUUGACAAAAGAGACACCAGAAAGAGCAUAGAUUUAGAACAAAGUUGUAUAAUCUUCGAAAAAUAGAGCUCAAUCAUAAAUUAAAAACUUCCUAUCUCAAACUUGUACAGGCAAUUCAGCAAAGAAAUUCAAGAGUCGUAAUUUGAGCAUCAUUGGCCUUGAAAGUAAUACACUUUCCUAGACUUUUGUUGAAUCUGAAGUAGACCUGAACAGCAGCUUCAAUAAAUCUUCUUAUUUGAAUGGACUGCAGACCAAGUACAAAACAAAUAAAAAGAGCGGCUAGUCAGCAGCAAAGGAAAACAAGAAGAACUAAUUUAGUAAGUACUUGACUAAUAAUAAGGGAGGAAACUAUUAAGGACUUAUUGCUCAUUCUCAAAAGAGCACUUAACUUACUGAGCCUGGUAACCAAACUUUCAUAGAUAAAAUACUUGAGUAAACUAGAUCUAACUCCAAGCAAAGAAACUCAUCAAUGAACAGGCAAUUAAAAUCAAAUGAUGUCAUUUAAAACUUCAGGCAAAACAAAAUCAACCUGGAGAAAAAUCUGCAGGAAUUAUUGACCUAAAAACAACCUAAAAGUCCUAAGCAAAAUACUCUCAAAAAUAUGAAAAGCCCAGCAAAAAAUAAUAAAAACUAAAAUAAUAAUGAAAAUUAAAUUACUAAGUCAGCUUCAAAAGAUUUAAAAUAACUACUGAAUCAAAGCUAAAUAGUUGCUCAAACUAAAUAAAUCAAAAGCCCUGCUAAGCAGCUAGGUAGAAGUCCAAAUAGAGUGAAUCUUGGGAGAUAACCUAUGGAUAAGAAGUAAAAGCAGUAAACCUUGGUAUUAACUGAGAAAAGAAUUGAAACUAAUGUGGCUAGAAAUGUGAGACCGAGUGAUAUAGUUAAGGACUCGUAUUAAUCUUUGAAAUCUUUUUUAAAGGAAAUUAAUGAAAUAAGCACUGACAAUGAAAGUGAAAGCGCUGCUAUUAAUCUUGAGAUUAAAAUUGAAUAACCUUAAGUCCAAGAAUAAGAAUAUCAGCAAGCUAACCUUAAUAAUACAUAUGGAACUUUGUGGAUUCUAGAUGAGUUAAUGGAGAAGAGGUUUGAAUUAUAACAAACUAAAAAUGAAGUUUUAGCUGACUCAUGA